CGAACCUUAUCGAAACUAAGUAAAUAAAAAGCUUCUCUUUCCGAAGCUAAGAGAUAAAGAUGGCUUCGAUUUGCGCUUCAUCUUCUUCUUCUUCGCUUGCCUUCUCACCCAUUUCGUCACAACCUUACCGUGCUUCAUUGACGAAACCUCAAUUUUUGGGUUUCCCCUUGAUUGCAUUAUCAUCCAAACCCACAAUUCAAGCGAACACCCACCGCUCGUUUCAGGUCCGAUGCCAAGAUUCAUCCAUCGUUCCCUCGGACCAGAGGUGGCUUUACGAAGAAUCUCAACUCAGCGGCCCAGAUGUGUGGAACAAGACAUGGUAUCCAAAAGCUUCUGAUCAUGUUAACACGGAGAAAACAUGGUAUGUUGUUGAUGCUACAGACAAAAUCUUAGGAAGACUAGCAUCAACUAUAGCCAUUCAUAUUCGUGGCAAGAAUCUUGCAACCUACACUCCUAGUGUUGACAUGGGAGCUUUUGUUAUAGUGGUGAAUGCUGAAAAAGUAGCAGUAUCUGGGAAAAAGAGGACACAGAAACUUUACAGGAGACAUUCAGGGAGGCCUGGUGGUAUGACUGUAGAGACAUUCGAUCAGUUGCAACAAAGAAUUCCUGAAAGAAUUGUAGAACAUGCAGUUUCCGGCAUGCUUCCUAAGGGCAGACUUGGCAGAGCACUAUUUACCCAUCUGAAGGUGUACACUGGCCCUGACCAUCCUCAUGAAGCCCAAAAGCCAAUUGAUCUCCCCAUAAGGGACAAGAGGAUACAGAUUCAGAAAUAGCUUGGUUUGUUUGUUUGUUUGAUGCUUCAUAGGAUGGAUUUUUAGUCACUUACGUUAGAGGAGUUAAUUAAGGUCAUCAUUCUACAAUGAUUAUUUGCUAUGUUUGGUGGAUCGAUCUGUCUGUUGUACACAUUACCUUCAAUUUUCCAUAUAUAUAUGACUAUGGAAGUGAUUCUAUUUCU